AUGGCGGCUGUUGCCAACCUAGUCGCCCUUUUGAGUCCAGUCAUGGCUGCAAGCUCUUCAAGUGCUAUCGUUGCGGAUGGCAGCUCGUUCUCCCUGAACGGUGACGAUGUAUCCUACCGGUUUCAUGUCGACAAUAGCACCGGUGACCUGAUUUCGGAUCACUUCGGUGCUAGCGUGUCAGGAGAUAUUCCUAUUGAAGUCACGGGCGAUGUGAAUGGCUGGGUCAACACCAUUGGACGCGUCCGACGCGAAUUUCCCGACCAAGGCCGAGGAGAUUUCCGCCAGCCAGCGAUCAGAAUCCGGCAAUCGGAAGGGUACACUGUUUCUGACUUGCGAUAUCAAUCCUAUACUGUAAAGCAGGGCAAGCCUGAUCUUCCUAGCUUGCCGGCGACCUUCGGCACGGAUGAUGAGGUUUCAACCUUGAUCGUCCAUAUGUACGACAACUAUAGCUCCGUUGCAGCUGACCUCUCUUACUCGAUCUUCCCGAAGCACAACGCAAUCGUGCGCAGUGCAAACAUCACCAAUCAGGGCAAGGGAACAUCACACCUGCGCGGUGAUUGGGCAAGAGAGGCACACCGCGAGCGAAGAAAGAUCGAAUAUGGCAAGCAGGGUUUUGAGAGUGCAACCGGCUACUCCUCCCACCUUCACAACCCAUUCCUUGCUGUCAUGGAUCCUGCAAGCACGGAAUCUAAUGGUGAGGUUUGGGGAUUCUCGCUCGUUUAUUCGGGCUCUUUCUCUGUUGAUAUUGAGAAGGGCUCCCAGGGGAUUACGCGCGCUCUUGUCGGCCUCAACCCCAGUCAGCUCUCCUGGUCAUUGGGACCCGGUGAAUCCCUCACCUCCCCAGAGUGUGUUGCUGUCUACUCAGAAAAUGGAGUUGGCGGGAUGUCCCGCUCGCUCCAUAAUCUCUACCGGAAAAAUCUCAUUAAGAGCAAAUUCGCAACGGCAGAUAGACCUGCUCUCUUGAACAGCUGGGAGGGACUAGGAGCCACCUUCAAUGAAUCCACCAUCUACCAGCUUGCCAAGGAGUCUGCUGCGCUUGGUAUCAAGCUUUUCGUUCUGGAUGAUGGCUGGUUCGGUGACAAGUACCCUCGAAUCUCGGAUAAUGCCGGCCUAGGUGACUGGAUUCCCAACCCUGAGAGGUUCCCGGACGGCUUGUCUCAUGCUGUGAACAGUAUUACGGCCCUCAAAGCUGCGAAUACCUCCAGUAAUCUGCGCUUUGGCCUUUGGUUCGAGCCUGAGAUGGUGAACCCUAAUUCUACUCUCUAUCAUGAGCACCCUGAAUGGGCUCUACAUGCAGGAUCCUACCCUCGCACUUUGACGCGUAACCAGCUUGUCUUAAACGUUGCGCUCCCAGAGGUCCAAGACUUCAUCAUUGAUGCCGUGUCAAAUAUUCUGAACAGCUCCGAUAUCAGCUAUGUCAAAUGGGACAACAACAGGGGAAUUCAUGAAACACCCUCCCCGUCCACAGACCACGAAUAUAUGCUGGGAAUGUACCGGGUAUUCGAUGUCUUGACUACUCAGUUCCCAGAUGUUCUUUGGGAAGGGUGUGCUUCUGGUGGCGGUCGCUUCGACCCUGGUGUGCUACAAUACUUCCCCCAGAUCUGGACAUCAGAUGAUACAGAUGCAGUGGAGCGCAUCACCAUCCAGAUGGGUACCUCACUUGCGUAUCCGCCUAGCGCUAUGGGUGCUCAUCUAUCUGCCGUUCCCAACCAGCAAACGGGUCGUACCUUGCCUGUGGACUUCCGCGGGCAUGUGGCAAUGAUGGGUGGAUCAUUUGGCCUGGAACUUGAUCCCUCUGAUAUGCCAGAGGAUGAUAAGGCUGCUCUCCCUGCACUGAUUGAACUUGCUGAGAAGGUCAACCCUAUCAUCUUGACGGGUGAUAUGUACCGACUCAGUCUCCCAGAAGAGUCUAACUGGCCAGCUGUUCUCUUUAUCUCCGAGGAUGGCAACACAGCUGUACUUUUUUACUUCCAGAUCAAUCCCAACAUCAACCACGCUAUUCCGUGGAUCAAGAUGCAGGGCCUAGACUCGGGGGCUACUUACAGAGUCGAUGGAAAUUCCACAUACUCCGGCUCAGUCUUGAUGAAGAUCGGUUUGCAGUUCCCUAUCGCUACAGACUAUGGGAGCAAAGUGGUCUUCUUAGAGAAGCAGUGA